CAGGAAAUAUAACUUGAUUGGUUGAAAUGCCUAUGAAAUGCGUCAUCCUCUCAAUCCACCAAUGGCGUGUUGUUAACGCGGAGGAUGUAUUCGUUUGGAUUUGGGUAGAAGGGCAGUUUAUUUCCUGAUAGCUUUUUGCUAUCAAUGUUAUUGAUCUACUGUUAGCUAGGUAGGUAAUAUUAUAUUUCUUAGUUAUCAGCGUUCAGGUAAGCAUUCUGCCGUAUAUUUUAAUCUCUCAAAGUCGGAGAUCUUCACUAUCGUGUAUCGCACAACAGUUUAUAUGUUAUUCACGUAACGGUUGUGAUGUCGCUAAACUAGCUAGUUAGCCAACAUCUUAAUGUAUUUAUUGAAUAGGCUAGCUAAAGUAACUGAAUAGUUAUCUGAUCAAACUGGACAUUCCAACGGGCUGUAAAAAAACAUACAGUUAGCUAUCAAGUGUCUAACGUUACCUAGCUAACCCUACUGGGCUAACUGUUAAGUGUCAACAUGCAUGCAAGCAUCAUGCAUUCCAUUGCAUGGUUAAUUGAUCUCCAUAGCUAGCUAGCUAGACAAACAAGAGCCUGCCUCAACAUGACUAGUGCCAUGUUCCUUCUUUACUUUAGAUGUUUUACUAGGUUUUGUGAAACCAUAGAGUCAGCUGUAACGUUAGACAUGGGGGAGCCCAAGACGCCCAAAUUUGGGUCCAUGGAAGAAGAGCUGAGUUUCUGGAAGGAGCAGUCAGACAAACACCAGCAAAGGGCUGAGGAGGCACAGGAGGAGUUGCAGGAGUUCCAGCAAAUGAGUAGGGACUAUGAGGCGGAGCUGGAGACUGAGCUGAAGCAGUGUGAAACACGGAACGGAGAACUACUGUCCAACAACAACCGGCUACGCAUGGAACUGGAGAACAUCCAGGAGAAGUACGAGGCGCAGCACUCUGAAGCGUUUAGGCAGAUCUCAUUGUUGGAGGGAGACCUGGAAGAGACCACAGCGGUCAAGGACCAACUCCAGAAGUACAUCAGAGAGCUGGAGCAGUCCAACGACGACCUGGAGAGGGCCAAGAGGGCGACCAUCAUGUCCCUGGAGGACUUUGAGCAGAGGAUGAACCACGUGAUCGAGAGGAAUGCCUUCCUGGAGAGUGAGCUGGACGAAAAGGAAAACCUUCUGGAGUCUGUCCAGAGACUAAAGGAUGAGGCCAGAGGUUUGUGUGUGUAAGGGGGGG